AUGGCUCAACGGCACUGCGUACUUUGGGUGCUCCUGCUCUGCGCCAUCCUUACCAUAGCAGUCAACGGGACCAAGAAGGUGAAAAAACGACGACAGCUGUACCCAGAUCAGAAGGCGAGUCCGCAGACGGGCAGCUACUAUGCCUACGCGGAGGUGCCACGGCAUCCAUUCAUGUCGCUGCUGUACCCUCAGUCUCACUCUCACCAGUCUUAUCUCCUCUACUCCCCGGCAAGUAGCUACCCGGGGCACCCGAGCAUCGGAGGUUUGCCGGCUCCUGCGCCACCGGCGUCGACGCCACCGGCCUACACCUGUCCCGGCCAGUAUCGGCAGCCAGCCUGCCGGAGGUCGGUCUACCGCACCUACGACGGCUCCUGCAACAACUUAGAAUUUCCCACCUGGGGCAUGGCCAACACCAAAUACGCCCGGCUCUUGCCCGCCAAUUACGCCGACGGAUUCCACGCGCCACCGGUGUCGAAGAGCGGCAAUCCCCUGCCGCUGGCUCGAGAGGUCAGCCGUUCGCUCUUCCCCGAUGUCGACGUCCAGGACGCGAGGUGGACCCUCAUCGCCAUGCAGUGGGGCCAGAUCAUGACUCACGACAUGGCCAUGAUCGACGGGACCACGCAAUCGAAGGCGCACGCGACCCAGUGUUGCACGGAGCAGGGCCAGUUGAUUGCCGAGGCCCUGGAGAGCCCGCUGUGCUUCCCCAUCAUCAUACCGCCCAACGACCCGGUCUACUCUUACGAGCGCCAGGAGUGCCGUAACUUUGUGCGCAGCACCACCGACUUUGACCGCGGCUGCUCAUCCGGGUACAAGCCCGCCGAACAGCUGACGGUGGUGUCGCACUACCUGGACCUGUCGCUUACCUACGGCUCGAGCGACAGGGUGGCCGCGGGCUUGAGGACCGGCAUCGGCGGCCAGCUCAUAACGGAGGUGCGCGACCAGCGCGAGUGGCUGCCCCAGGCCAACAACAAGAGCGCCGCCUGCGACACCAACUCCGAUCUCGACGUUUGCUACAGGGCAGGCGACGUGCGCGUCAACCAGAACCCGCAGUUGACGAUUUUACACCUGAUCCUGCACAGGGAGCACAACCGCAUCGCCCGACACCUGGCAGUUUUGAACCCCCACUGGGCCGACGAGACGAUAUUCCAGGAGGCCAGGCGCAUCAACACCGCCGCGUACCAGCACAUCUCGUACUACGAGUGGCUCCCCAUUUUCAUUGGUUUGCAAAACUCGUACAACCGUAAGAUCCUGUACAAGACCGCGGGCUACGUCAACGACUACGAUCCAGCCGUGGACCCGAGCGUCAUAAACGAGCACUCGACCGCCGCCUUCCGCUACUUCCACUCCCUCAUCGCCGGCAAAUUACUUAUGGUGGACGAGCCGAGGUUCGCGUUCAGGUACAACGCGCUGCGUCUGAGCGACCACUUCAACCGGCCGGGGGUCAUCGAGCAGGACAAUUUCUUGGACAAGCUUACGAGGGGCAUGGCCUUCCAGCCGCAGGAGAACAGCGACCAGUACUUUGACAGCGAGAUAACGAACCACCUCUUUAGGAACCGGCACAGGCUGGGCGACGAUCUCCGUGCCAUAGACAUCCAGAGGAACCGUGACCACGGCCUGGCCACCUACAACGACUACCGGGCGCUGCUCGGCCUGCCCCGAGCCGUCCAGUGGGCCGACUUUGGGGAUCUCAUAUCUCCCGAGAACAUCCAGAUGCUGUCGCUGCUGUACGAGACGCCGGACGACGUGGACCUGACUGUCGGGGGUUCGCUCGAGAGACACGUGCAGGGGACACUGGCCGGGCCGACCUUCCUCCACAUUCUCAGCGAGCAGUUCUUUAGGACGCGAGUGGGUGAUCGGUACUGGUUCGAGACCGGGAACCCCGAGCUCGCCUUCACGAUCGAGCAAUUGACUGAGAUUCGCAAGGCCAGCAUGGCGAGGUUGCUGUGCGACAACGGGGACAACAUCCGGUUGAUGCAGCCCCGGGCCUUCGAACGAGUUUCCCAGUCUAACCUGGUGGUCUCGUGCGACGACAUUCCCGCCGUGGACUUGUCGCUGUGGAAGGACAUACGGACGCCCUACCACUCCGUAGCCAGCGACUACUUGUGAAUCCGGACUCGCACGGAUCGCCAGCAUUUCACGAUCAAAGUGUAAUUAUUGUAUAAAUUGAGGAUCUAUCGUUAUUUUUACAUAAGUAUUGCC